AUGAGGCUCUUCCCCAAUAUAUAUGCUACACACAUAGAGUUCAACAAUAUGCUGAAGUUCUUGAACAUUCAAACUACUAAAAAACCAGUUUUCCAAACACAUCAACCAGUUGAGAGAGCUCAAUUAGCACAUCGUGAACCCACCAUGUUUUACCGAUUCAAGCAGAGGCGGAGCCAUAGUGGGGUCGUCGGGGUCGCACGACCUCUUGGAAGCCAUGGAACCUUGGAGGUCCCUUGGAGCUGCUGGCGCGACCUCUUGGAGCUGCACACCACGUGGUCGACGGAAUGCUUGAAAGAAGAAGGAACAAAACAGCUGAAGAAGAAGGAGGCGAGGCUUCUCUGGCGCGCGUCUUUUUUUUUAAAACAACCUGGGCAAAACGACUUUGUUUUGGCCCAGGGAAUGUUUUUAAAUGACCUGGCCAAAACGACGUCGUUUUGGCCCAGAAGUAUUAUGGAACGAUUUUUUAAGAGAAAGUCAUCAUCGGGUUUGGGUAGUUCGAAUAAUGUUGAUAGUUCAAAUACUGUUGGUAGUUCAACAACUCCAAAUUCAAGACAAAGUCAGUCAGAUGGUGUUUUGGGUAAUCUUCAAGCAGAUCCUGGAUUAAGAAAUCGAAUGAUAGAUUAUGAUGCUAAUAUGAGAGAUGAGGUCCGAAGAUCAUAUCUACAAAAAGGACCUUGUCAACCUAGAGGUCAUAAUUUCCCGAUAACUAAUAUGUCGGGAAUUAAUCGACGCUUCAUUCCCCAAUGGUUUGAUGAGUUUGAUUGGUUGGAGUAUAGUAUAUCUAAAGAUGCGGCAUUUUGUCUCUAUUGCUAUCUCUUUAAAACCAAUUUUGAACAAGUGGGUAGUGAACCUUUCACUGGAGAUGGAUUUAAGAAUUGGAAGAAAGGGAGAGACAGAUUUAAGAUGCAUGUUGGACCGGUUGGGAGUGUUCAUAAUAAGGCUAGAGAAGCUGCUACAAAUUUGAUGAAUCAAGCUACACAUAUUAAAACGGCAGUGAGCAAACACUCCGACCAAGCUCGUAAGGCUUAUCGCACAUGUUUGAUAGCAUCAAUCAAGUGCACUAAGUUUUUAUUGCGACAAGGUCUUGCUUUUCGUGGCCAUGAUGAAAGUGCCACUUCAUGCAAUAGGGGAAAUUACUUUGAGCUAUUACAAUUCCUUGCAGAUAAUGAUGAUAAAGUUAAAGAAGUUGUUAUGGAAAAUGCUCCGGGGAAUCUCAAAUUACUAGCUCCUUGCAUUCAAAAAGAAAUUGUGAAUUCAUGUGCCCUUGAAACACUUGAUGCUAUCAUGGAUGGUCUAAAAGAUAGAUUCUUUUCAAUAUUGGUGGAUGAAGCACGUGAUGUAUCGGUGAAAGAGCAAAUGGCUAUGGUGUUGCGUUAUGUGGAUGACUCCGGGCAUGUAAUUGAAAGAUUUGUGGGUAUCCAACAUGUUACCGACACUACUUCAAGUUCACUAAAGGAUGCUAUUGACACAUUCUUUUCUCACAACGGUUUGAGCAUUUCCAAGCUACGAGGACAAGGUUAUGAUGGUGCUAGCAAUAUGAGAGGUGAGUUGAAUGGCCUUAAAACAAAGAUAUUGAGAGAACAACCUUGUGCAUAUUAUGUUCAUUGCUUUGCUCAUCAACUUCAACUAGCUCUUGUUUCCGUAGCAAAGAAGAAUAUAGACAUUGCCUCUUUUUUUGCAACGUCUAAUAGUGUGGUUAAUCAUGUUGGAGCAUCUUGUAAGCGGCGUGAUUUACUUAAAGGGUAA